AAGGCAGCGGCGUGCUCGCCCAGCCGCUCGAAGUCCACCACCGCCUGCUCCUGCGGGGAGGCCGAGGGUCAGCGCGGCCGCCCAGGAACCCCCGCUCCGCAGCCGCCCCCGCCCCGGGACCCGACCCCCGCACCACGGCCGCCUCCGCCUCCUGGCCCAGGCUCAGCCGGCGCCGCCCGAUCAGCGUCACCCGGGCGAAGAGCCGCCGGGACAGCAGCUCACGCAGCAGCGCCCGGCCUGUCUCCCCCGAGCCGCCCAGGACGAAGCAGGGCCCAGCGCUGAAAGCGACUCCCGAGGAUCCCUGUGCCCGCCCUGCUCAGGCGGAGGGGAUGUGACCCGGAGGGAUGCCCAGAGGGGUCUGUGACCUGUCGGGCGGCUCCUCUUCAAAACCCAGUGGGCUCAGUGUGUGCUGCCGACAGAGGUGCCCUGGGCAGGACGUAGGCCACCUCCCGGGCAGCCUUGCAGUGAUUCCAGUGUGCAGCAGCCACCGGUGGCUGAGGAACAAGGGGAUGAAACCCACUUCCCACGGAGCUCUCGCUGAGCAGGUCCUGGGAUGUGCUGACAAGCACAGACCCGUUGCACCGUGUCCCUGCCUGGACGUUGUCCCUCUGACAGGGAUGAGGCUGAUCAUCACUGGGGCAGUGCGGGUCCCACCAGGACAUGGUUCUGGAGCAGGCGUGUGGGCACCCCAGGCUCUGCGAAGCCUCUCCCAUGGGGCCAUCAAGGGGCCCUGCGGCACCUCGAUCCCGUUUGUCCUGAUUCCUGGGGAGGGAGGUGCAGAGGCCUGAAUGGCUGCUUUCGGGAUCAGCCAGGCAGUUUUCCAGCCUGGUAUGUCUGUCAAGCGCUGCCCAUGGCCGAGGGCUGAGGAUGAAUCCCUGGUGCACGUGCCAUUUGCGAGGCAGGACACGCGUCAUGACUGUCACCGGGUUAAUGGCUGGCAUCCCGCUCUACCUGCCAGUGUGCCACCGGCACCCACGGCCGUGCACCCCGUCCGUCGGGCUCCGCUCCGCAGCCACAGGCAAACCCAGGGCUCAGGGGGGCCAGCCAGGCGCCGGGGUGCCCGCUCUCCUGGUGGCAUGGAGACAUGGCGCCGGCGUAGCGCGGCAUUCGACUGCGUGCCCCAGCCGGCAGCCUACUGCCCUGACUGGAUGGCAGAGCUCCCCGACGCCCUGCCGCUCUCCCGCCUCUCCAUCCCUGGCACCCACGACUCCCUCAGCCUGUUUGGUGGCCGGCGCCUGCGGUGUCAGAGCUGGGGCCUGGAGGCCCAGCUGGCGGCCGGCAUCCGCUUCCUGGAUGUGCGCUGCAAGCUGUCACGGGGCGAGCUCCGUGUCUACCACCUCUGCACCUUCCAGCGGGCCAGCCUGCGCGGGGUCCUGCGCCGCACCCUGCGCUUCCUCCGUGCCCACCCUGGCGAGGCCGUGCUCAUGCGUAUCAAGGAGGAGCUGCCCAUCUUCUCCCGGCCCGGGUUCGCUGCCCAGCUGCAUCGCUGCCUGCUGGAGGAGGGACAGGGCUGUUUGUGGUGCCAGGAGGAGGUGCCAACACUGGGCCAGGUGCGUGGGAAGAUUGUGGUACUGGAGGCACUCACGCGGGAGGUGCUGGGCAUCCCCUACGAGCAGCUGAGCAUCAGCGAUGCCUGGAAUGUGCUGUCACUGGAACGCAAGUGGGCCCGGGUGCGGCAGCACCUGGAGAAGGCAGCUGGCGGGGACUCCACCACCAUGUACCUCACCUUCUGCUCUGGCAAUGGGCUCUUCACCUGCCCUGAGGAGGUGGCCCGCAUUGUGAACCCCCGCUGCUACCAGCACCUGCGGCGCCGGGGCAGGCAGCCUGUGCGCUGGGGGGUGGUCAUCAUGGACUUCCCUGGUUCAGGGCUUCUCCGGCUCAUCGUGGAGAGCAACGGCCUGCAGGCCAAUGGACACAGCACAGGAGUCCCCGGCACCCCCACAGCGCCCUUGCAGCAUCCCCGCGGCAGAGGGGACAGACGCCGCAGCCGGCACAGCUCCGCUCGCUGCCUGCGCCGGUGCCCAUCGGGACGGACAGUGCUCCCGGCCGCACGCCUCUGCCGAAGGACAUCAGUGCCCGUAGAGCAAAAGCGGAUUUCUAGGUAUCGCAGAGCACCAGGAAGUGUUCGCGUGACGGUGGUGUGACAGCGGCAGAGGCAGCAGAGGAGAGCCGACAGCCCAGUGGUCGGAGCUGGGCAGCCCGGGGAGCUGCACCUUGCACAUUGCUCUGCCCGGAGGAGCCAGGUACAGUGCUGGGCCAGCCAAAUCCCCACAGCACAGCAGGGAAGUUGGGGAGAGAAGGUCCUUUUGGGCCAGUGAGUCCUCCCAUAAUAUCCCUCUGCAAAAUAGUCCUUUUGCUUUCAAGGGUAAAUAAAAAUAAAAGAAGCUAGGAAAGCACUCCCUAUGUUGCCUUACCAUUUCCUGUCAGAAAAGUGCAGAAAAGACCUUUUGCUCUUGCUGCUCAGAUGUGAAGGAGUCUGUACCCCUCUGCCCAUGGCCAAAGCACAGUUAAAUUGGUGUCUGUGAUCAUCUCGGUCUUUAAAGCAGAGCUGCAGGAGGUCAGAGGAGGAGGAAUUAAUUUCAAAGGUGACAAGAAAGGGAAUGUCCUUCUCCUUGUUAUUUUAGCUUUUGAUUUUUUUGCAGGGGCUUGCCCCAAAAGUCAGGACUCUUAGGGAGAGCCAACUUCAGCAAGUGCUGCCAACCCUGUGCAUGGACAGCUGGAUGGCCACAGGAGCAGUGAUUCCAAAGGGGCUGCCCUGUCCCCGGGAUCACACAGACAGGGGAUGCUGCACAGGGCAGAGUCCAGUGAUUUGCAACAACAUGGGCAGCAUGGGCAGGGCAGUUUGUGGAUUCACAAAAGCGAAGUGAUUGGGACAUAAAAAAGACCUUAAAACCAGUGCCAGUGCCUGCCCUAUCUGCAGAUAAUAAAUCAGCAAUUUAAAUAGAAUGGCAAGUCAAAUGACACAGUAGUUCCUUGGAGCAGAAGGAUAACCAAGAUCCCAAGGGAGAAAUCAUCAAACUGCUAUGUGCUGAAGGAGGGAGCUGGGAAAGAGAAGAGGAACUUUUUUAAAAGAGGAAAGCUCAGCCCUGGCCUGCCAAAAGAUGAAGGAUGUCCUCAAGGAUACUUCUGUCUCAGAGGAAAACACAGUGCCUGCCAGAGGGGAUGCUGCAGGAUUUCCUGGCUGGAGGAGGGGAUGUUUUUUGCUCCACAGGGGCUGGCCCUGGCUGGAGACACAGCUCUUGGUGCUGAGCACAUUCAUCUGCUGGGCCGGGGAGGGGAACAGGCAAUAGUACGCAGUGGGUGACAGAGGUGGCAGACAGAGGAAUCUGUCUCUGGGCUUGCUCUGUGAGACAGGAGAAGAUUGAAAUCUCUGCAUUAAACCAGACGUGACAAAAGCA